AUGGUGUUGUGGUUCGAGAUGUCAAAUAAACUUUUAAGCCGCAUGCUACUAAUCUAUAUUGAGCGCCAAAACGGGCGGACGACCCAGAAGAGCCAGAGCUAUGACCGAUUAGACGCCUAUCAGGUCCACAAGUUUCUUCAAGUCGAAUCCCGCCGAAGUCUGCACGCCAAGAACGACUUUCAAAGGGGCGCAGGAUUUACAAACGGUCCUGCCGGCGGUCCUGUAAGGAGCUUGAGAGGGCCAAAAAGGCGAUUGGAGUUUGUCACUUUCCAAGUGACCGCUAUAAGUCCCUCCGCUGGCUCCUCCGCAAGGAUCGAAUCGGCUACGUUAUGGUUGAUAACGCCUCCAACAGCGCCGUGGGUCCAACUAAAACCUGACCUACGUUGUGCUGGCCAUAUUAUCAAGUGCUGCCUUGCCCCGGCCUUUUUACAAAGUGGAACUGGACUGCUCAUAAUACCGCUUACACGCUUGCCAGAGGACACUUUCUGGCACGAUAUCGUAGCUACGAGCUUUGAUUCGCACCACACCUUCAGGCUGCAGGGACUGGUGCAGGUGCCUCACCCGCCUGCUCCGCCUGCUCCGCCUGCUAUACUCGCCCGCGUGCUCGCAGCGACGCUCGCGACUGUCGUUCAAGCGAGCAUUGCGGACGAAUCAGACGAGAAUAUCAGACAUCUUGGCCCCAUUGGCAAGCUACACAACUCUGUUGAAAAUUUGUAG